AACGGACUCCACACAAACUGAGAAAACACCGGAAAUCCCUCUGAACCUCUGUUAUAGUUCAUUCUCUGAACAGAAAGAAGUCCAAAGAAGAAAUAAGUGUGGGCUAUUCAGGCUUUGGAUUUAAAAUGAGCUCUCCUUUGUCGAUGCUAAAGAAAACCAAACGCACUCCUCUGCAGGGCGCUCACAAAGAGCAAGGGAGCAAAUCAAAAGUUCCUUUAAGGAGGAAUCUGCUGAAAGAAUUUGAGUCUGAAUUGGCCGAUGAGUCUUCUGAUUACUCUCACACUCCACCCAACGAAGCCUCCACCUCAAAUACGGGAGCUCCAUUAAAGAAAGGGUGUCCUCCGACCAACUUUGACCUCAUGUCUGCCAUGAUGCAGCGAGUGACCCUCCUGGAGAAAACAGUGAGGAGCCAGGCAAAGGAGAUAGAGCGCAAAGAUAAACAGAUUUCAGAUUUAGAGGAGAAGCUGAGGGCUCAGGAGAAGUCAGGAAGCAUGCAUGACCCGAGGAGCAGAGAUGAUCUCGAAAGCCGGUGCCAACAACUGCAAAAUCAAGUGCAUGAGAUGGAGGACUUUCUGAACGAUUAUGGUUUGAUCUGGGUGGGAGAUACAGACACUGGUGAUCCUGCAGAGCGAGAGACUUCUGGUAGCAGAGGCUUCCACAUAAACUUUGAUCUCGUGCUGCAGAGGAUCAGAGAACUGAACGUCCUCGCAGGGGAAGGAGAGUCUUUUGUGCAAAUGACAGCGACAGGAGCACAGCUGGCAAAAAAGGAUCCCAUUCCACUGAGGCUCUACAGGAAUGGCAUUGUAAUGUUUGAUGGUCCUUUCCGCUCAUAUCAGGAGCACAGCACCCAGCAGUGCAUGCAAGAUCUAAUGGAUGGCUAUUUUCCAUCUGAGCUUCAAGAAAGAUUUCCAGAUGGUGUACCUUUUGAGCUUCAUGACAGGCGUUACGAGGAAUUCAACUCUAGGCUCCCAUGGGAAACGUUUCCUGGUGAAGGACAGCCUGUUUGUGGGGACAAAGAUGAAUCAGCAAGCGCGCUGAGCUCUCACUUACCCGGCAAGAAGAUGACCACGGAUCAGUUCCUGAACAAGCUGCCGAAGUUGGUGGUGAAGGCCGGCCGAGUGAUUGAUAUCAGGAACUCACUGAGGGCAAAGCUGCAGGGUACAUCUGAUGUGGACAGCAGCAGUUCAGUGAUACUGAUAGAUACACCGUCACUGCAGGCGAGUACUGAGAGACUGCAGGCUUUCAGCGCCUACCAGCCUGCCUGUAAUGUCAUCACUCUCAAGGUGAAGUCAGAAGACGGGAGUCACACUUACAUAGUGAAAAUGUCCCCGUCGGAAACAGUCGGUGACCUGCGGAGGUACCUGGACAAACACAGAAGGGGUGAUGUGUCCAGUUAUGACAUCAUCAGCGCAUACCCACAGUGCAACUAUGAUGAUGAUGGCCAGACGCUCCAAUCGCGUGGAAUCGUGAGAAAUGCCACUCUACUGCUGCGACAGAGGAAACCCGGUCCUUCACUGGCUGACGUCAACAAAGCUCUUAAAGAUUAAAGAAUUACUUUUGUCUUGUUACAUCAGUGCGUCAUUAAUGUUAUUAAUGACGACUGUGUUCUGUGACAGUGAGGCCAAAAGCAUUGACAAACCCAUGACACUGAAACAAAAAUGAGCCAUUAUUCCUUUUGUUUCUUAUACCUUUGCUCUUAACUGGGACACAGCUCAUUAACACCAAUAUCUAAUCAGAUAAUCACAUGGCAGCAAUUCAGUGCAUGUAGACAUGGUCAAGCUGACCUGCUAAAGUUCAAACAGAUCAUCAGAACAGUUGGUGCCAGAUGGGCUGGUCUGAAAAUUUCAGAAACUGCUGAUCUACUGGGAUUUUCCACACAAUCAUCUCUAAAGUUCACAGAGAAAAUGUUCAGUGAGCAGCAGUUCUCUGGGUGAAAUAGGAGAAAUAGAAUGACUGCUUAGAGCUUAUGGGAAUGGAGCAGUAACUUGUUACAACCAAAAUAUGCAAAAGAGCAUCUCUGAACACACAGAACCUUUAAGCAGGUGACAGCAGCAGAAGACCACACUGGCUGCUGUCAGCUGAGACCAGGACGCUGGAGUUACGAUUAAGAUUGGAAAAAUGUUACGUGGUUUGAUGAGUCUCAGUUUCUGCUGCAAUACUCAGAUGAUACAGUCAGAAUUCUGUGUAAACAUAAACAAGGUUCAGGCUGCUGGCGGUAGGAGAUAAUCUACUUGGCUUGAAACCAUCUGCAUCUACACACUGAGUAUUGUUGUUGACCAUGUCCAUUCCUUUAUGACGACAGCAUACCUAUCUAUUGAUGGUUGCAUCCAGCAGGAUAACACCCCACGUCACAAAGCUCAAAUCUUCUGUAACUGGUUGCAUUAUGAAUGUGCAGCUGAAACAUCUGCAGGAACUCUGUGAUGCUAUGAUGUUAACAUGAACCAAAACCUCUGACGAAUGUUUUUAGCAUUGUGUGAUAGUUUUUUUUGUGUGUGCGCAUUUGUAUAACCCAAUAUAACUCAUAACCCAACUUGCAGUGGCUCACAUACAGUCCUAAGUAUGAAGACUGAGGUUAAAACUGAUCGAACUUACAUUGGUGGCUUUUAACAGUCUUUUCAUCCUUUCUGUGCAAAGUUAAAAAAUAAAAGCAAUCUGAGACCAAUUAAAA